GUGGGGUUUCCAUGAAGCAACUCCAGCAUCAGUGAGGCUCUGAGAGUCAACAUUGCUCAAAGUUACAAAAACUAGACCAUUUUAUUAUUGAACCCAACCAUCAGACCGGCACAAUGACUACCAACCUCGUGAGACGAACGACCAGAAUCUUAGUCCUAAACCCCAACUCAUCCAAGGCCAUGACGCAUGGCCUGGAGCAGGGUAUCAGAGAGAUGGAGCUAUCCCAAUCCACCGAAGUACACACUUACACCGCACCUAAGGAGAGCCCAGCAAGCAUCAAUGACGGCGACGAUGUGCAAGAUAGCGCCCGAGUCGUAUCCCAGGACUUGGAAUCCACAGGGCUACUCAAACAUUACGACGCAGUGCUGGUGGCUUGUUUCAGCGUCCAUCCACUAGUUGGUAUGUUGGCCGACAGGGACGGCGAAUUCGGCAAGCUCGCGGUGACGGGUAUCUUUGAGGCCAGCAUCUUGACGUGCCUGUCAUUACUGCGGCCGGGGAAGAAAUGGGGUAUCGUGACGACAGGUAAAUUCUGGGAGGAGCAUUUGAGACAAGGGCUAAACAGCUUCUGGGGAACCCAGUCCGAUGUCCCCAAUACCAAGUUUGCCGGGGUUGAGACGACAGGCUUGAACGCCGGCGAUUUCCACGGCGGUGUUGAUCCCGAAGUUGUGCGAAAGAAGUUGAUGGCGGCCACCACGAGGCUCCUGAAAAGCGGCGAUGUGGAGUGCGUUGUCAUGGGCUGUGCGGGCAUGGCCGGGUUGGAAGAAAUUAUCCGAUUUGUGGCCGCUGACGAGUAUGGCCCGGAGAAAGCCAACGAACUCCUGGUUGUUGACGGCGUGAGGGGCGGCAUUGGGUUGUUAGAGCAAAUGGUCCGCAGCAAGCGCGCGUUUCGGAAAACAUAAUGAGUAUUAAGAAGCAGGAAACGCAUGUACAGGUAUAACGAGCC